UAGUGAUGGAAUAACAUAGCAGAUUCAACACUGCAGGACCAUAUUCUGGAAGAAAAAAACUGACAAAACAGUGCCCGGGGCACCAGCACUACAGGAGCAUCGUAGGAGAUGCAAAAGCUUUUUCCGCGGGUACUCUCAAUGGCAGUCGGUAACUAACAUCCAAGCCCAAAUCAGCAAAAGUCGGAGGUUUGGGGCGUCAGGACCCGGGGAGGGGCGCGGCAGUCCUUGCAACGUGGGAAGCCGGGACUUGUCCAAGUGACCUGACUGCUCAAUCCGUCACACCUUCCCUUACGAACAUCGCAUCCAGCAGGACAUGGGCACAGGAGGGUACAGAAGUGACUGGAAGAACAAUGCAUGCAUGUCUUUGACACCAUGAUGUACAUCCGGCAAAGAAAAGAGGUAAAAACCACAGAAGUUUCUGAGGAUUUUCCAGCACAAAAAGAAAAUGUGAAGUUGGAAAACAAAUUGUCUUCUGGUUGUGCCAGCCGAAGAUUUUGGAAGAUUCUGUCAUUUACAAUUGGAGGGACCAUUGCCCUUUGCAUUGGACUUCUUACAUCUGUCUACCUUGCCACCUUACAUGAGAAUGAUUUAUGGUUCUCUAAUAUUAAGGAAGUGGAGCGAGAAAUCUCAUUCAGAACAGAAUGUGGACUGUAUUACUCCUACUACAAGCAAAUGCUGCAGGCUCCAACCCUCAUGCAAGGUUUUCGUGGCUUAAUUUAUGAUAAUAAAACUGAAUCUAUGAGGACAAUUAACCUUCUUCAACGAAUGAAUAUUUACCAAGAAGUUUUUCUCAGUAUUUUAUAUAGAGUUCUACCCAUACAGAAAUACUUAGAGCCAGUUUAUUUUUAUAUUUAUACUUUAUUUGGACUCCAAGCAAUCUACGUCACGGCUCUUUACAUAACCAGCUGGCUUCUUAGUGGUACCUGGCUGUCAGGAAUGCUGGCAGCUUUCUGGUAUGUCACAAAUAGAAUAGAUACCACCAGAGUUGAGUUUACCAUCCCACUGAGGGAGAACUGGGCACUGCCCUUCUUUGCAAUUCAGAUAGCAGCGAUUACAUAUUUCCUGAGACCAAACUUGCAUUCUCUUUCUGAAAGGCUGACACUUCUCGCCAUUUUCAUAUCAACUUUUCUCUUUAGUCUGACAUGGCAAUUUAAUCAAUUUAUGAUGCUGAUGCAAGCAGUAGUGCUGUUCAUACUGGACUCCUUAGACAUGCUGCCAGCUGUGAAGGCCACAUGGCUGUAUGGCAUACAAAUAACAGGCUUACUCCUGGUCUGCGUUCUUCAGUUUUUUAAUUCCAUGAUUCUUGGCUCAUUGCUUAUCAGUUUUAACCUUUCAGUAUUAAUUGCAAGAAAACUUCAGAAAAACCUGAAAACUGGAAGCUUCUUUAAUAGGAUUGGGAAACUUUUGUUACAUUUAUUUGUAGUUUUCUGUUUGACACUUCUUCUCAACAGCAUUAUUAAGAAAAUUCUUAACCUGAAGUCAGAUGAACACAUAUUUAAAUUUCUAAAGGCAAAAUUUGGGUUUGGAGCAACAAGGGAUUUUGAUGCAAAUCUGUAUCUGUGUGAAGAAGCUUUUGGCCUCCUGCCCUUUAAUACAUUUGAAAGGCUUUCAGAUACUCUGCUUUUUUAUGCUUACAUAUUUGUUCUGUCCAUCACAGUAAUUGCAGCCUUAGUUGUUGCCUUUCAAAAUCUCAGUGAUGCUGCAAAUCAACAAUCCCUGGGUAAAGUGGGAAAAUGCACAGUUGACCUGAAACCAGAAACUGCUUACAACUUAAUACACACCAUUCUGUUUGGAUUCUUAGCAUUGAGUACCAUGAGGAUGAAGUACCUCUGGACAUCUCACAUGUGUGUGUUCGCGUCAUUUGGCUUAUGCAGCCCUGAGAUUUGGGAGUUGCUUCUGAAGUUGGUCCAUCUUUAUAAUCCAAAGAGGAUAUGUAUAAUGCGAUAUUCAGUACCAAUAUUAAUUCUGCUGUAUCUGUGCUACAAGUUCUGGCCAGGAAUGAUGGAUGAGCUCUCCGAGUUGAGAGAAUUCUAUGACCCAGAUACAGUGGAGCUGAUGAACUGGAUUAAUUCUCACACUCCAAGGAAGGCUGUGUUUGCUGGAAGCAUGCAGUUGCUGGCCGGAGUCAAGCUGUGCACGGGCAGGACCUUAACCAACCACCCGCACUAUGAAGACAACAGCCUGAGGGAGCGAACCAAAGCGGUUUAUCAGAUAUACGCAAAGAGGUCCCCAGAGGACGUGCAUGCCCUUCUAAGGUCCUUCGGCACUGACUACAUAAUCCUGGAAGACAGCAUAUGCUAUGAACGCAGGCACCACCGGGGCUGCCGGCUGCGGGACCUGCUUGACGUCGCCAAUGGACACAUGAUGGAUGGCCCUGGAGACAAUGAUCCAGAUUUGAAGCCUGCAGACCACCCUCGCUUCUGUGAAGAGAUAAAGAGGAACCUGCCCCCCUACAUGGCACACUUCACUCGAGUGUUUCAGAACAAAGCAUUCCAUGUCUACAAGCUGACCAGGAGCAAGUAAUGGAGAUCUCUGCCCAAUCUCUGUUUUGACACACUGAGACUCCCACGUAAGGAACCGUGGUAGCUGACGCUUCCUGUGUGGUGGGCAGCCUGUCCCUGAGAGCUGUGCUGUGAGAGUGUCCUGCAGAUGUUUACACAGCAUUACUAUCUUUGGAAGCAUCUUGGCAAGCUUAAGUCUGUCUUUGUCUCGUCCUUCCUCGUUUCCAUUAAUGAUCGUUAGCUUAAUGGGUUUCACAUGCCUGAGCUAGGAUUUUGUUGUUGGGGAGAGUGGUGUGCUUUCCCCAGAUGACCUGUACAACUACAAGCCAUGCCAGAAAGUGAGAUCCCAUCAGGAUUUGAAAUGCUUUGAUUUUCGGUGGACUUAAGACAGCACUGGUUGAGUGUAAUUAAGAGGAUGCAUAAUUAAAUUAUUUAAUAUUAUUUCACUAGUGAAAACCAAUCAGUGGCUUUUUUAAAAAAAAAAAACUCUUUAUUGUGCUGUUUCACCUUAAAAUUUUAUAAUGUUUUCCAACAAUUGUGCUUUUAACGUGGAAAAAAAAAUCAUGUUAGGUCUUUAUAUGUAUCUUAAACAUUUCGUGUAUUCUCUUUGAAAUGUUAUAUGUUCAAUAGUAUGUGUCAUACAUUGAGAGAGAGAGUGUGUGUGUGUGUGUGUUUGUGUGAGAAUGCUAGGCACAGAAGAAGUAUAAGUUCUAGAUUGUAAGUCCUGAAAGGGGCAAAAGUGGAUACAGUCAAGUAGAAUUUGUUUAGUAAGCAGCAAGACUGUUUACUCUUAUUAUUGUAAACCUUAUUGAUACUCUUCAGUCUCUCUUGCAAGUAAAAUAGUUCUGCUUCAUUUCUUACCCAUUUCAAUUUACUGGGUUUGCAAAAUUUUGUAAACUUUUUGUGUUUUUAGCCUUUGUAUUUUUUACAGCCUAGAACCUUGCAAAGCCUGAAUAUUUUUUCAAUGUUGUAUCUUAACUAGUUCACUAACACAGUAUUUUUGGCAGACAGCAUUUUCAUACCAGGUUUGACUUGGGGUCUCCAAUCUUAUCAUGUGGGCUCUGGUAAUGUUAUUGUUUUCCUCACUAAAAGGUAACCAAGUGCCUCUAAGUCAUGCUUAUUUGUAAACAUCAAAGGGGAUUAUAUGUACCUGCUCAAAAUUUUUUGAUAAUUGCUUUUAUACUUCAUUUCUAAUGAUAGGGGGAUGUGUACAAGUUGCUGAUAAAAGCAUAUUGUCCAUUUAAUUAAAUCAACGUGGCUAAUGAAAUUAACUUUCUCCCCUGUUCUUGCCAGUUGGAGAUGAUUUAAAUGUUUCUCCUUGUGGUUGUACUGAAGUAAAUUGCCAUAGGCGUCAAGAUGGACAGCAUCGCAUGUUCAGAUGAUUUUAUAUUCAGUUACUACUUAUUAGGCAGCAUUCAAAAAAAAAUUUACAUUGUCUUUUUGGACACAAGAAUACCCGGCUGUUAUUAAAUUAUGCAACUGAAAUUCCUGAAUUAUAUCUUUCCUGUAUCCCUUAAUAAGGUUGGAGACCACUGCAGUUUAGGAUAAUACAAUAAUAAAACAUUUUAAUCAGUACUAAAACUCUAAUUAAGCCAGUAAUGAUGCAUGUCUGUUGUAGCUGACAGCAUGGGUCAGUACAUCCUUCGGUGAGUGCCUUACUCUAAUUGAAACCAAGCACAUGUAAGGUACAAGAUGUUGAGACUAUGUGAUUUCAUUUAAAAAAAAAAAAAUCUCUGUUACUUUUUCAUGUAUAUUUAAAUCUAUUUUAAAUAUUCCUAUUUGUAUUAGUCUAAGCAUUUGAGUACUUAGAGUCUCAGUAUACAAGAAUCAUGUACUUAAAUUUGUAUGCUUGUCAUCCCCACAGUGAUGGUGUAGUGAUUUUUUUUCAUAAUGCCAUUGUUGCCAACACAUUGAGUGUUCAGUCUUCAGUGAAAAUAUAAAGUGCCAAAAAGUCAUGCAAGACGGAAUCCAUGCAUACAUUCUUUCCAAGACACUGUGACCAUGUACAGUACCAUGGUAGAUAUUUUUUAGCACUUGUCAGAAUUCUUUCUUUUAUGAUCUUCUCAUUGGAGCAUACAGUACAAAAAGCAUCUGAUUCUGGCUCUGACUUUCAGCAUCUCUGCAAGCCAGAGAAGGAGACCUGUGGCCUAAACUCCCUGUCACACAGGCCUUGGUAGCUGUUUAAUGUAUGGUAAUAACUUCAAACGAAGGUUCUGUUUUUGUGAAUAGAACAAACACCAGAUUUUGCUUCCGAGUUCCCAAAGAGAAACUCUAAGUUCAAUAGAAGUGCUCUUAACUGACUCUGCUUAUCACUUCACAGAGCCCUGGAGUCUCCAUCCCUCUGCAGCUACCUACUCCAGCCCAGCACAGCCAGGUGCCACUCCCUGGUACUCCCAACACUCCUGCUCCCUCCCCCCUUCUGUUCCAUUCCCACACCAGACCUCGCUGUGUGAGUUCCUCUGAUUAUAAGUACACAACUCAGUCAGCUGUGUAUAAGCCUAGGAAAUAUGGAUGUGAAAAGAGUCAUUUCUGUAAAAAUUAGGUUGACCGUUUUGAUGUGGAAACACUUCAACUGCUAAUAAAAAUCACUUUUAAAUUUAAUGUGGUUAACAAAAUCAUGAAAUACUGAGGGAAACAUAAAAAUCAAGAAAAUUUCUGAACUUAGAUUGCUUCGCAGAUUUUUCUGUGUACUCACUCUGCCUUUUAAAAGUCUGAACCAAUAGGAAGGUGGUCAGAUGUACCCAAAUCAUGUUAUUGGUAUGAUUUGUACAAGAAAUGAACAACAGUCACUGAACCCUCAUGCAGAAGAAAGUCCUUAUUAGCCUCACAUCAAAAGAUUAGCAGAUGAAGGACUGGGGGUGCGGCUCAGUGUAGGAGCAUUUGCCUCACAUGUGCAAAGGCCGGGGUUCCUUCCCCAGCACCGGGGAGGAAAGAAAGAAAAGAUGGGUGAAUGAAAGUACAUUUGUACGUUGCAGGUAAUGCUUCCCUACUUGAACCUAGGUACUUUGUUAAAAUGCCAACUCUAGGUACAGAUCACAAUGACCCAUAGAGAUUCUACUUCGGCAGAAAGGCCCUGGGGACACUUUCAUUACAGGCAUUUAUAGGAUAGGGCUUCAUUUCAGAUGUGUUGGCCAGGAAUGUAAUAAAGGUUUAUCUAGGCCGCUCAUUGUCGCUUAAAGAUGAUCUGACUGACCUGUGUGAAUUGACCUCAAUAAGUUGGUUGUGUGUGUGUGUGUGUGUGUGUGUGUGUGUGUGUGUGGUGUUGGGUGGGUGCUGCCAGGGCAAGGGCAUGUGUAAAUAUUUCAUUAGAUCUGCAUCUUUAUUUCACAAUUAACUAGAAAAUGUUUGUUCUGAUUCGUAUUAACUUUGACUAAAAUGUUAAAAAUUUAGCUCAUCUUUGGCCCGAGUCUACAGAAUUAUCAUAGAAAUAUUUAAUUUUAAAAUGUUAAUUCAAUCCUUCGAGUUAAUAGGAUGAUAAUAAAAUGCGCUCAGAUCAUGUAUCUUGGUUAACAUGCUUCCCAAACGCUCCAUAUAUGACGACCUUUUGACCUAGAAGAGAAAGCUUGUCUGUUCAUGGAAGAAGAGUCUUUUUAAGGUGAGAAAGUGGCUUACUCUCUUGUGAUAACUAAUUUUCUGUUUUUUACAUCCUAUGGGUAAAAUCUUACAAAGAGCUUUUAUAUAAGUUGUACUGAAUUGUAUGGAGAUUAUAUACUAAAUAAAGCUCUUUUAGAUUACACAA